UCAAAGCUAACGCACAAUAAUAGAAUUAUUCUCUGACCUAUCAAUUUUGCCGCUGGCCGGCACCACUCAGACUUCUUCAAACUCAUCAAGCUAAGUAAUCGAUCUUCUCAUUUUCCGACUCCUCCUUCAAUCCCUCAUGCAUGGACAACCCCCCUAAUUCUCCAAGUUCUAACAGAUUUUCGUAGUUUAGCUCCGGUCAAUAUGAUUUGGGCUAGCUCCAUUUCUUCCAUCUUGUUCGCCAUAGUUGUUUUUCUCCUAGGAGUUCGUUUUCUCCGCAGAACUUCAGUUCUCUACAUUCUCAGGCAAUGGUGGAUUUCAUUUGAAGACCGUCUUCAUGUGUACCAAUCCUUCAAAAUCCCACUUUACAAUGAGAAUUUCCAGGAAAAUCAACUUCACCGCCAAAUCCUCUUGUACCUCAAUUCACUACCUUCCAUCGAAGAUUCUGAUUACACAAACCUCUUCUCCGGUUCCAAUCCCAGUGAAAUUUUCCUUCACCUCGAUGCUAACCAGACGGUUCACGAUUCAUUCCUCGGCGCGAAAGUUUCCUGGAAGAACAGAAAAUCCGAGGGAGAUGCAAAUUCAGUACUGGUGCUCAGAAUAAAGAAGAAAGACAAACGCAGAAUCUUCCGCCCUUACUUCCAGCACAUUCUCUCGGCAGCGGAUGAAGUCGACAAAAGAAGAAAAGAUAUCAAACUUUACAUGAAUUCUGACACAGACGCUAAAUUGCGGUGGCGAUCAGUCCCGUUCACCCACCCGGCAAGCUUCGACACGUUAGCCAUGGACGCCGAGCUAAAGAACAAGGUGAAGUCCGAUCUCGAACAGUUUUCGAAGUCGAAGCAGUACUAUCACCGAUUAGGCCGUGUUUGGAAACGGAGUUAUCUCCUGUACGGCGCAUCCGGGACAGGGAAAUCCAGUUUCAUCGCAGCAAUGGCAAAAUUUCUCUGUUACGACGUCUACGAUAUCGACAUCUCCAAGGCUUCAAACGACUCCGACUUGAAGACUCUGUUGUUACAAACGACCAGUAGGUCGGUGAUCGUCAUCGAGGACCUCGAUCGGUUCUUAACUGGGAAAUCAACGGCUUUGAACUUGCCAGGUGUAUUGAGCUUCAUGGACGGGAUUGUAUCGUGCUGCGGGGAAGAGCGAGUGAUGGUUUUCACGAUGAACGUGAAGGACGAGAUUGAUCCAACGGUGAUGAGACCCGGGAGGAUCGAUGUUCACAUACACUUCCCCUUGUGCGAUUUCUCGACCUUCAAGAUUUUAGCGAGCAGUCAUUUGGGGGUGAAAGAGCACAAGCUCUUCCCUCAGGUGGAGGAGGUUUUACAGACCGGAGCGAGAAUGAGCCCGGCCGAGAUCGGCGAGAUUAUGAUAUCGAACCGGAGCUCGCCAAGCCGGGCUUUGAAAACCGUCAUCACGGCGUUGCAAAGCGACGGGAGGAGGGGACGGAGGCUGAAUGAAAGCGGGUCGGGUCGGAAUAGCAUGGAUUUGGGGUCGAGCGAACCCGAUGGGCUCUACUGUAGAGAGAGUGUUCACACGGUGAGGGAGUUUCGCAAGUUGUAUGGGCUUUUCCGGUUCGGCAGUAGGAGGAAAGAGGAGUGUUUGCCUCUGGGGACAACAGAAAAGGAAGCUUCACAAGUAGAAGGAUAAAACUUCUUCGGGUCGGAUCGAAAAAGUUCGAAUCGAGAAGUUAUUGAUCGUUUUCCUCCCAGUUAUUCCUUAUCUCACAGAAAGCUUGUUUGCUUACAAGAGAAAGUAUGUUGCAUUUUUUUUUUGUAUUGAUAGAUAAUAAAAACAUUCAUUUUCCUUGGUUGGCUGCUCCAA